AUGACAUUCCAAGCUGCUGAAGUUGAUAUACAGAGUGAAGCAGCUUUCGAACUUGCACGCAAAGGGUUGCCGAGAGCGCAACUGGCGGGGGCUCAGAUCGUUUAUAUGUGUACUGUUAAACAUUUCAACUUACCCUACUUUGCCAUCCAAGUACAAUGUGUAGGGGAAACGGAUGCGUUUCUGAGGUACGGUUCAUGUGCUUACUUCAAAGAUACUUUACAUAAUUGUUUUGUAACACUUCAAAAGUGCGCUUGUGUAUUUGGUGGGAGGGGGGAUCGGUCAGUGAGACGAAAAGUUUGUAUGCGACAAAAAAACCAUGUAAUAGAUCAUACUUUCGAUAUGGUUUCACAGCAUAAAUAG